CAUGAUUAAAAGACAAAACAAUACAAUGUUUCUGAAGCAGAUCUAUGUGUAGGUGGAAAACAUGGAUCAAUUAAUUAUCUUGGUUUCUAUGAUACAUUUGCUGUACUGUCCAUUCACAAAAGUGGAAGAAAGUUUUAAUCUGCAGGCUAUGCACGACAUCUUAUACCAUGGCUUUAACCUAACUGAGUAUGAUCAUCAUGAAUUUCCUGGAGUUGUGCCACGAUCAUUUGUGGGACCAAUUAUAAUAUCAGGCUUGGCAUCGCCACUAAUAGCAACCAUUAAUUAUUUGCGACUUAAUAAAUUCUUUGCUCAAUAUGUUGUAAGAGCAAUAUUGGGUUUGUUGAUAAUAAGUAUGUUGAAAUUAUAUAGAGAUGCUUUACAAAGUAUCUUUGGUUUACAAUUUACAAAAUGGUUUGUGGCAAUUACCGUGACACAAUAUCAUUUCAUGUAUUACUUAAGCCGUCCAUUACCAAAUAUAUUGGCAAUACCACUAGUACUACUGGCUUUAUUUGGGUGGUUGAAACAGAAUCACAUCACAUUUAUUUGGUCAUCUGCAGCAGCAAUAAUAAUAUUCAGAGCAGAACUAGCUAUGCUACUGGGGUUAUUCCUUUUGUACGAUAUAGCCAACAUGAAACUGACCAUACCAAGAUUUCUUAAAAUUGCGGUUCCAGCUGGUAUAUUUUUUCUAAUGCUAACGGUUACAAUAGAUUCCAUAUUUUGGAGACGUAUAUUAUGGCCUGAAGGGGAAGUGUUUUACUUCAACACUAUCCUUAAUAAGAGCAGUGAAUGGGGUACAUCACCAUUUCUAUGGUACUUUUAUUCAGCACUCCCAAGAGGAUUGGCUUUUUCAUAUUUUUUAAUACCUUUGGGCAUGCUUUGGGAUGCUCGAGUUCGAACAUUAACAGUUCCUGGUAUUGUAUUUGUUGCUCUAUUCUCAUUUCUUCCACAUAAAGAAUUGAGGUUUAUCAUAUAUGUAUUUCCAUUACUAAACGUUAGUGCAGCUGCUGUUUGUCACAGAAUAUGGGAGAACAGGGCAAAAAGUCCAUGGAAUGGAUUUAUGGCACUGAUCAUUGUAAGCCAUUUAGUUCUAAAUGCUUUGUUCUCUAUGUUUCUGUUGUGUGUUGCUGGUUCUAAUUAUCCUGGAGGUUUAGCUAUUGCUAAAUUACACAGAUUGGAAAAAGACUCUGUCGAUCCAGUGCAUGUACACAUUGAUGUUCUUACUGCACAGACAGGAGUUUCAAGAUUUACACAGACAAACGAUUCUUGGAUUUACUCAAAACAAGAAAAUUUAACCAUCGAUAAUCCAGAAAUGCUUCAGUUCACACAUCUUUUAAUGGAAGCUAAGAGCAAAUACUCACCAAAUAUAAAACCCUAUCUUAAAACUCAUGAUAUUCUAGAUUCUGUAGAUGGUUUCUCUCAUAUCGCACUGAAUUAUAACAUGUUACCACCUAUAAGAAUUAAAACUAGGCCUAUUAUAUUUAUUAUGAAAAGGAAACCUAAUAUAAAAUAUGACCCGAAGAAAGCAAAAGCACAAAUUGCUGUAAAGGAACCUACUGAGGAUAAUACGAAAAGACGUACAGAAACUAAAGAUGUAAUAAAUGAGACUACAGAAAGUAUGGAACCAAUAUUAGGUGAGAUUAUGGAGUCAUUAGAAGAAUUUGAAAAACCAUUAAAUAUUAGCCAUGAAAAUAAAUUAGAUACAGAGGGCGAACAGGAAGCAGUACAGUUGAAUAAGAUUCUAAAUAAUUCUGAUGAAUAUGUUGAACCAUUAAAUGUGGAACAAAAAACUACUAAUUUAUCUGAAAACGACUUAUUACAUUUAAAAACAUCAGUUCAAGAGGAAAAGAUACCAAAUGCAUCUAAAAUAGAAACCAAUGUUAGUACUGAAACUAAUAUAAAUGUACAGCAUAAUAUUGAAAAUACUUCUAGCAGUAAUGAAAAACAGGUAGACACCAAGAGUGAGAAAACUGAAAAACAGGAAGUAGAUAUGGAAAAAUCUAAAGCUACUAAUGUUCAUCAAGAGAGUAGCACUUUAAAAGAAACUGUUAGGAAAUUAAUUCAAGAAAAAUUAGAGGCAGUUAAACUUAAAAGAGAUAUGGAAGAUGAAAAAAAAUUAUUAGACGUUCCCGAAAAAAUUAAUGCAGGAGUAAAAAAAAUAAUUCCAUCAAAAAUAGAACUUCAGCAAAAAAUGAAAAUCAUGCCAAAGGAACUACCUGCAACGGUACAAGAACGGAAUAAGGAACAUCGAACAAUUAAUGUGAAGGAAAGCAUUCGAAACAUAAUAAAUCAAUUUAAAGAAUUUGAAAAAGACUUUAUACAUGAAGAUUUAGAAAAUUCCAGGAAGGAAACAGUAAUUAAUAAACAAUCUACAGACACAAGUACAAAUCUGUCUCAAGAAUCUACAAAUGUAGCAGAUGUAACGAAAAUCGAAGAUAUAAAAACGAUACAAGAUGCCAAAGAAAGUUUAAAGGAUAUAAUAAAUCAGUUUAAACAAAUAAAAAGUGAAUUAGUUUCUGAAGAAGAUGAUCAGUUUGACAGAAUUGAAGCUACUUACAUGGACAGACCAAUUUCUGAGACAUUAAUGCAAUUUAGCGAAGCUUUAAAAAAUUUAAUACAACGAAGAAAACAGGAGAAACAAUUUGUUACCAGUAAUUCAAAUAAUAAAAAAGAUGUAUCUGAGUUGCAAUCUCAUUUAAAAACAACAGUAAAAGACUCUCAGUUGUUGUCAGAAUCUUUAAGAAAUUUAAAUAUUCAAAAUACGCAAAAGUUAGAAAAAAUCAAUCAAAAUACAAAUACAAAAGAUAGCUCAAAUACAGGUACAAAUAAAGGUUUUGAAGAAAAAUCAUAUACGAUGCAUAUGAGUAAUAAAAACGUCCCUUUAAAUGCUCAAAACUCUGUUAAUAAUGUGUCAAAUAAUAUAGGAAACCACUAUGCUUCCAAAGAAGAGAAUAACGAGGAAAUGCAAAAAAAUAUUGAAAACGACACUAAUAAUUGA